UGUAAGAAGCAAAAAUUGAGAAUAUAGCAGUGGAAAAAUGAGGAGGAGUUCAGACGAGAGCAUUAGUUUAGUAGAAACCCCGGCGCGGGUGGAGUCAUCUCGCGACUUUUCGAAGAGGUACAAAAGAAAAUGGGGGAAAUGCAAGCACGAGCCAAAAGAUUACAUGAACAAUGAUGGUUAGUCACUCAAAAUUCAGCUUAAAAUGUUAAUUUCUCUUACUGGAACAGGAUCCACAACUCUUGUCUCCUUAUAAAUUUUAAUUAAAGAAAAACAAAACUUCAUCACCAGGAACCCAUUUGGCAAAAGUAGGCAGCAUUUUUGGGUUUCCUGAUGAUGAAAACAAAGAUGAAAUUUCGUGCUUGGGGAGUGAAAAAGGUGAUACUAACAUUUUCACAGACAUAAAAACCCCCGAGGGCCCUGUUUUUGGAAAAAGAAGCAGAAAAUAUGACGCAGGAAUCGACAAGAUGCUGAUCAUGAGACGUGGAACAGGGAAUCUGGCACCUAAAGUGGAUUUUUUUUAUGUUCAACCAGACGAUAUUCUGGCACCCAAUUCUCCGGGCACUGUAACUACAAAGCAUCCUAAAUGUCAAACUGAGCAACCUGAAGAUGUGCUUCAAGUACUACGCGUCUCUGGCAAAUCGUCCAAUCUGGAAACAGAACAAUUUACUUAUGAUUGUAAAGAACCUGACAAGAAAUCCUGUCAGAGAUCACUAAAUGAUGAGAUGGAAAUGGUUAAAAGAAAGGGACAGAGUGAUUUGAUGAUUGAUGCAAAUCAUGAGGACGUCUGCCAUAACAUUGAUGACAAAUCAGCCUCUGACGUUUCUGUUUGGUCGAUUGAAGAGCAGGAACAUGCUGUAAAAAUAACUGAAAAUAAAUUUGGCUGCAUGCAGGAUGUCCUUGUUUAUCAUAGGACGAAAAGGCAGGAUGUCCUUGUUUAUUGUAGGAAACAGCUCAGAAAGGAGCUUCUUGUUUAUCAAAGGAGGAGGAAACCAGCGGUCAGAAAGGAGCUUCUUGUUUAUCAAAGGAGGAGGAAACCGGCGGUCAGAAAGGAGCUUCUUGUUUAUCAAAGGAGGAGGAAACAGGCGGUCAGAAAGGAGCUUCUUGUUUAAGGAGGAGGAAACAGGCGGUCAGAAAGGAGCUUCUUGUUUAUCAAAGGAGGAGGAAACAGGCGGUCAGAACGGAGCUUCUUGUUUAUCAAAGGAGGAGGAAACAGGUGGUGAGAAAGCUGUUUCUUGUUUAUCAUAGGAGAAAACAGGUUGGAAAGCACGUUGAGAAAACCAACACGAGCGAAGAAAAGAAACUAGUAUGCUGCUGUCCAUCAACACAAAUGUGCAAAGAAGGGCCGAAGAAAAGUGUUCUGAAAAAGAUGGCCAUACCAGUUCUUAUGAUUUCAAAGCAUCCAAGAAGUAGAAAACAAAAUACGAAAUCUCUAGUGUGCAGCAAAAGUAAAAAAUGUUUAGUUCGUCUCAGGCCUAAAAUGCAAUCAAUACCGAAAGUCGAUCUUGAUGAAAAGACAGUGAGAGAAUGGAAAGUCUUGAUGUAUAAUCAAGAUUCUAAAGGCCUUGAAGAAGAUGAUGAAUGGGAAAGAGAAAGAUGGGAGAAGGAGAGGAUAUCGUUAUACGAUCAAGUAAAAUCAUUCAUUUCCAUCAUGCAACUUAUACAAGGUGAAAUGCAUUUUUCCCAUUGGAAAGGUUCCGUGGUGGAUUCUAUAGUGGGGUAUCCAGUUGGGGCAACUAGAGUAAAUUCUCGCAGCAAGAGUGUUAAGAAACGGAAGUCUGAAGACAUAUGUUUCAAGACUAAUACAAAUUCGAAAAGAAAAAGAAUGAAGAAGGAACAUGAUGUAAUCGACUGGAAUGCUUUGUGGAAAAGUUGUCCCAAAGGUGACAGGGGAAAGACAACAUACACGUACGGUACAUUAGAUGCUUUAGAUUGGGAUGCUGUUAGGAUGGCAGAAGUUGACGACAUUGCUGAAGCAAUCAAGAAAAGAGGAAUGAAUAAUAAUUUGGCUACAAGAAUAAAGAAUUGCCUCAACGCUUUGGAAAGGGAUCUUGGAAGCAUUGAUUUGGAAUGGAUACGAGAUGUUCCACCUCACAAAGCAAAAGAAUACCUCUUGAGCAUACGUGGGCUAGGACUGAAAAGUGUGGAGUGCAUCCAUUUGUUGACACUUCUACAUAAAGCAUUCCCGAUUGACACGAAUGCUGGGCGAGUGGCUGUACGUCUCGGUUGGGUUCCUCUUCAACCACUUCCAGAAGGACAAGAAUUCCACCUCUUGAAAGAGUACCCAAAAGUGAACUCCAUACAAAUGUAUCUUUGGCCACGACUAUCCAAACUUGAUCAUCCAAUAUUGUAUGAACUACAUUGCCAGAUGAUCACUAUUGGGAAGGUAUUUUGCACUAAGAGAAACCCAAAUUGCAAUGCAUGCCCCAUGAGAGCAGAGUGCAAGCACUAUGCAAGUUUUAUAGCAAGCACUCAGCCUUCCCUCCCAGAUAUACAGAAGAAAGACGAUGCCAAUUUAAGGGAUCCCACAGCAUUAGCUGAAAGCCAUAUGAUGAUUGAAGUUGCAGACACGGAUGCAAAGGAGCCUGUUGAAAGGGAUAUUGAGGAUUUUGGAUUGGAUGGAAUUCCUCAAAUUAGACUUGAUGAUAAGAAGUUGAAGGAAAAUAUGCAGAAGUUCAUCAAUGAGAGGAAUAUCCCACUUCAAGAAGCUGAAAUGUCCAACACUCUCAUGGUUCUGAUCUCAGAAACUGGAUCCAUCCUUGUGCCUAAAUUGAAGAAUUUAAGCCAUUUAAGGACACAGCAUCAAGUCUAUGUGCUUCCAGACUCGCACUAUGUUUUGGCAGGGCUAGAGGAAAGAGAACCCAGGGACUCGUGUCCGUAUCUACUAGCCAUAUGGACUCCAGAAAAUGUCAACAAGAAUGAGUAUAUAUCUCAAGAAGACACAGUUUAUGGAACAUUUCUGGUGCCAAGCCGAACAGCAAUGAGGGGAAUAUUUCCACUUAAUGGAACAUAUUUUCAAGCUAAUGAGGUUUUUGCUGAUGAUGAAUCUAGUGAAAUUCCAAUAGAAGUUCCGAGGGAAUCAAUAUGGCACCUUCCACGCACGACUCUGUAUUGUGGAAGCAACAUAUCAACAAUAUGCAGAGGUAUGAAAACUCAAGAAGUUCAGAAAUGCUUCUGGAGAGGAUUUGUGUGUUUCCGAGGGUUCAACAGAAAAACAAGAGAAGCGAAACCACUCUCGCAAAGAUUCCACCUCCCAAUGAGUAAGGCCGGAAAACCAAGGGGAACGAAGAAGAAAGGACAAGGCAAUCAAGAGGUUUUUGGUGAGGAACGAGUUGAGCAAGCUGCUUAAGGGAUGUCCAGGAAGCCUAUGUUUUUGAUAGUAAGGAUUUCUGUGUUUUUGGUGAGGAACAUAGUUGAGCAAGCAGCUGUAAGGGAUUUCCAGGAAGCCUGUGCUUUUGAUAGUAAGCAUUUCUGUGUUUUUGUGUGAGGAACAUAGUUGAGCAAGCUGCUGUAAGGGAUUCCAGGAAGCCUAUGCUUUUGAUACAUAUAACCUUCCUAAGCUGUACGUGAAGAUGCAAUACUGUGUUAAAUGUGUCGUUCACUCCAAAGUGGUGAGGAUUCACUCUCGUACUGAUAGGAGGAUUCGUGAGCCACGACGGCACUUCAGGCAUCCAAGGGUUAGUUUUCCUGUUAUGUUUUCAUGUGUAUUUUGUGUUGUACAUGAAUUGCCUUCUCCGGACUGACUUUGUUAAGAGUAUAUGCUCUCACCAAUCAGACACAAUCAAUGCUUUCCUUUACCCGGACUUCUCAGAUUUAUCUGAAUCUUGAAAUGGAUGUAAAAAGAACUGAAGAGAAGUAGACAGCCUUGGAAAUACAAAAACAUUCUGGAUGAUAUUUUUUGCUCUUUCUCAAUCAGCUGCACAAGUAUUUGUAGGAGUAGGUUUCAAUCUCCUCAAGUACCAGAAAAAUUGGUUCUUGUCUCUACUUAAUGGUCUCGCCAUUUUC